UUAUUUCAUGUGCGCACUUUUCCGAAGAGAUUAUUGUUUACUACAUCCAGCGAAUGCAUUUUAGGUAAUUCGCUGUUUCCGCUGCUCCGUCAAGGGCAAGAGCACGUCUGUGGGUAAUUGGCUGCUACUGGUAAAGGGGGCGGGAACUACGGGCUAGUGGGCGUGUUUCGCUGAAAGGCAAUGCUUUUUCACCACCGGCCGCUAAAGAGUGAGAACGGUCUGUGCUCUCUCACCGAGACUACUUUCUUCGAACUUGUUUCAUUUGCUCAGUAGUUAGACUGUGACGCCUGGUCCGUCUGACAAGUUUGGUAAAAUUCCUGACUAAUCGAUCGGACGGUUGAGGACAGCGCGGGACUCGUCUGAUCAUGACCACCUGUCCCUGAGGACAUCGUUGGAGGAACGAAAGAGAGAGGCCGAAGCUGGAAUUGAACCCGGUACCGCUGCACUGUGAGGUCGACGUGCUCACCACUGGACCAUCAGGCCGCCCAAGAGAGAGAGGAACUUGUCGGCUCUGAAAUGAACAACAUGCCAGCAAAGAAGAAGUCAAGCUUUAAAGUUGGCCUCAGAUUCUUUGCAUUUCUGAAGGAAACCGAUAGAUCAGCAAUUCGAGCUCGAUCUGAACUGAAAGAAAUUUACAACACCGAGUUCAAAGCCAGAAAUCAAGGGAUAACUCUACCAAACUUCAGUUCGGUGCUCUACGCCCUGAAAGUGUCGAAUAAAAUCAACGUGGGAAAAGAUCAAAUUCGCGUCAAGUUCGCGGUCACGGAGCUUUCGGUGGACCAGUGGCACAUCUCCAGGAGAGCCAAAGCAGAGAUGGUCAUCAGUGAUGUGGAGGCUAAGCCAUCUCCAAGUCAACCGCUGCUCUCUGCUAUGGAAGAAAUGAAAAAUGAUGCCAGACACUUCACGGAAAUGCUCAAGCGCGACAGGCCUUACCUCGUUUCCGAUAAAAAUGGCAUUGUCAUCAGGUCAGACCAUGAGUUCACAGAUGGCUCAAUUUGCUUGGAGCUGGAAACGGAUCAGUAUGUUGUGAAUCUAAAUGUGGAAAACACUGGAACUCAAAUUGUGCAUUUUACCUACUACACUGCAUUGGGCAAGCUUAGCUGCUUCACUCUGAAGGAUGAGCACAAGGUGACCCGAAAAAACCCACUUUCACUCAAACCAGGCGAGAGCUAUGCAGUCCAGGUUCAGUACCACUUUGAGUACGCUGGCAACUGUCAAGUGACGUUGGUCUUUGAAUUCCAGCACAAAUUGCACACAGCUUUCUUCUACAUAAUGCGUGAUGUUCAGGUUUAUUUUUUGAACGCGGUGGCAAAGGAGCUGAAACCUACUGCUCCUUAUAAACGCUUCUGUCGCGUUACUCCAAGAGUUGAGCAGAACUGCAAAGUUGUGGAUGGAGUGCCCCCUGAUGGGUUGUCACGGAUGGAGCUGAAAAGUGCAACACCGCUUCUUCUUUAUCCGUUACCAAAAUAUUUGCCCAAGCACAUCAGAUCACUCAACAUGAAUCCUCCCAUCGAUGAAAGUGCUGUGCUGGGCAGUUGUUUGAGCUUUCGGAACUAUUCUCGGAAGCUUCACGAGUUGUUGUAUUUGGAGGAAUUUCAGAUGCAAGUGGACAUCACACGAUACUUCAUACCCAACAGUGACAGACAAUUUGUCCACAUGCAAAGGGAUCCGAGCAACAAGAAGCUACUCAUUCUCCAGGUACCAGGUCUGUCUGAGAACCGGCCGUCUGUGCUACGCGGUGAUCGGCUGCUGGUUUACCUUCAAGGAGAACCAGAUCGGCCAAAAUACUGCGGUUAUGUCCACAAAGUAGAGCGCGACUCUGUCAAAUUGGGCUUCAGUUCAAAGUUGUUGGACCUUUUUCUUGACGGCAUGAAGUUCAACGUGGAGUUCACCUUCAACCGGCUGAUACUGCGUCUGCAGCACCGAGCGGUGGACUUUGCAACAAAGUUUCAACUGGAAAAGCUGUUGUUCCCGCCAGCCAGCCUCUCCUCAAAGCAAGGAGCUCAGGUCCCCAAACUCAGUUUCUAUGACAGACAGCUGGAAAAGAACCCCGAGCAGAGCAAAGCCGUGCGCCACAUUGUAGCCGGCACUUCCAAACCUGCUCCAUACUUGGUUUUCGGGCCACCCGGCACAGGCAAAACCGUCACGUUGGUGGAGGCCAUCAAACAGGUUGACAAGCUCCAGAAAGAGUGCCACAUUCUUGCCUGCGGUCCCUCCAAUAGUGCUGCGGAUCUCCUCUGCACGAGGAUUCUCCAGGGCCAUGGCAAUAAGAGCAAGGUGUACCGCAUGUAUGCCAGCAGCCGUGACCCGCAGUGUGUCCCUGAAGACCUCAAGGCAUGCUCGAACCUGGUUGGAGACGAUUACGUCUUUCCUUCCAGAGAGAAACUGAUGGAAUAUCGAAUCAUUGUCACCACUCUGUUCACUGCUGGAAGGUUGGUCACAGGAAACCUUCCCCUGGGCCAUUUUACUCACAUAUUUGUGGAUGAGGCCGGGCAUGCUACGGAGACUGAAUGUUUAAUUCCAAUCGCUGGGCUACUGGACCCAGAGUCUGGCCAGCUGGUUCUGGCCGGAGAUCACAAGCAGCUGGGACCCAUUGUGGCAUCGAGUCUUGCUCUUAAAUAUGGAAUGGGCAUUUCCCUCUUGGAGCGAAUGAUGACCGUUUUCUCAGUGAACCAGAAAGGAGACGGCUUUAAUGACCUCUUUGUCACCAAACUGCUGCGCAAUUACAGGUCCCAUCCGUCCAUUCUGAAGGUUCCCAAUGAGCUCUUCUACGGCGGAGAGCUCCAGGCCUGCGCUGACCAAAUAAAGCGCAACUUCUUCUGCACAUGGGAACACCUUGAAAAACCGGACUUCCCACUGAUCUUCCACGGCGUGUCGGGCAUCGACGAGCGCGAGGCCACCAGCCCGUCCUUCUUCAAUCGAGCCGAGGUGCAGGUUCUGAUGGACUACGUGAAGAAACUGCUGGAGACGGCUGGCAAAAAGGGCCUGGCCACCAUUUCACCAAAAGACAUUGGCAUCAUCGCCCCCUACAGGAAACAAGUGCAGAAAAUCCGUCAGGCCCUUCUGAAGGUUGCGAAAGAAUUCAAAUUUAAGGACAUGAGUGGCCUGAAGGUUGGUUCAGUGGAGGAGUUCCAAGGUCAGGAGAGGAGAGUCAUCUUGGUGUCGACAGUCCGCAGCAGCCGCAACUACAUAGACUUUGACAAACGCUUCAACCUGGGCUUUGUUGCCAACAAGAAGCGGUUCAAUGUGGCAAUGACUCGAGCGCAAGCCUUGUUGAUUGUGGUGGGAAACCCAGUGGUGCUCAGCACUGACGACACGUGGAAGUACUUCAUCAAGUACUGUCAAGAUUCCAAGGCCGACUGUGGGUUCAAGCCUGUGGAGGAGGAAGAAGCUGUGGCUGAAAGAUAUUCACAUCUCUUCCGUAAAAUGCACUCUCAGGUGGAGGACGAUGCAGACGAAGCACACUAUCAACCAGAGGAGUGACCUGUAAGCAGAUGAAAAAAGGCGUACAGAAUGUUUGGACAUCUGCGCUAGGGACCAAAAACUAAACUGAAGAAAUGAAAACAUUUUAGAAAUCACCACCCAAAUGAGUGCAGAUGACUACACAUGCUACUUUCAAAAGAAUCUUUAUUACUAACAAAAUAAACCAUUUGAAGUGUUUGCGAGGAAUCAUCACAAUCUGUCACUUGAAGGUGUUUUUUUAUUUUUUUAAUGACAGGCACAUUUUAUACUGAUCUUCACUAUCAUGAUCUCAGAAUUAUGAUGUUGGAAUGUGUCAAGUGGUGCGCCAUGUCAGGUGACGUGACGGAAGAAAUAAUGAAGUAAGAUAUGGGCUAAGCCCUAGGAAGUAAAAGCUUUAGAGGGCAAUUCCUGAUUUGGACACUAAAUGUCGACAGAGCAAAUUGAAUACUGAGAGCUCGCCAGCUCAAGCAAUGCCUUAAAAAGCAUACACAUACCAAAGCCAAUGCCUUUUCGAUGCCUUACAAAGAUUACGAUGAUGACAAUAAAACACAUAAUGCUCAGGAUAAACCCCACAGUUGAAUUAUACAGUAUUACAGAAUAA